UGAUUUCCAUUUUUACAAAGUUCAAACCUUUUUCUCUUUGCCAGAGAGACAAAUCAAGAAUCAAAGGCUAUUUGCUUUUACCAAAAAAAAAUAAAAAAAUAAAAAAAUGGACUCAAAAAGACAAUCUUUUUCCUAAUCCCAGAUUUCCCUUAUUACAGAAAUUUCAAAAAAAAAAAAAAAAAAGGGAGUCAAAUGGGAGAAGAAAGCACCUCAAAUUCCAAGCCUGAUGAUAAUAAUAAUGCAGCUAAAAAUGAUGGAAGCUAUGAGACACCAGUUAUAUUGAAUGUAUAUGAUCUCACCCCUGCAAAUCAGUACUCAGUUUGGCUUGGCUUUGGAAUAUUUCAUUCUGGUAUUGAAGUCCAUGGUAUGGAAUAUGGAUAUGGAGCGCAUGACUUUCCCAUAAGUGGCGUGUUUGAAGUGGAACCUAAGAGCUGCCCUGGUUUCAUCUACAGAUGUUCAGUCCCAUUGGGUCGUAUUAAGAUGCCUCCCUCUGAAUUUCAUGCAUUUCUUGAGGAUGUGGCUUCUGAGUAUCACGGGGAUACCUAUCACCUCAUUUCCAAGAACUGUAACCAUUUCACAGAUGACAUAGCACAGAGAUUAACAGGGAAAGGGAUUCCUGGAUGGGUGAAUCGGCUUGCCAGGGUUGGUGCUUUCUGCAGUUGUCUUCUUCCUGAGAGCCUCCAAGCGACAACUGUUAAACAGCUUCCUGAGUACCAUCAUUGUACAGAAGAAGAUGGAAGUGGAUCAAUGACAUCUACAACGCCCCAUGAACCAACUGAAAGUGAAGACGGAGAUCAAGAUAAGCACUUGUUGUCAUCUCCAAUCGGAAGUCGUGAAGUGGCUUUCAUAAGAGAGACCCAAAGGUGAAAACAUGCUACCUGCAGGAGAUUCAAUAUGUAUUAUUGGUUUAUUAAAGGCAAUCAACUUAUCCCAUAGGGCCACUGCUCAAAUUCUCCAUUUGCUUCCUAUAUGUAUUACUAGUUCAUUGAUUUUAAAACCUUUUUUGCUUUUGGUUAUUAAGGUUUCCUUUAGUGUGCAAUAUGUAGUAGUUCAAAGUGACAGGAUUGUGAUCUAUUGAGUUAUGCCUUUGUUAGAGGUCACAAAUAUCCAUGUAAACAUUCUGAGUUUGGAAGAUGAAAACAGGCCAGUAUUUGUGAAAAAUGAGAUACCAUACAUUUAUUUAAUACUACCAAAUACUCAUAGAGGAAAUGAUGAUCUCUUAAUUAGUUA